UCAUUUUCGCUGUUAUUUUUAGCCACUUUUUGCGUGACUUUGCUUGUUUUGUUGCUUGGUUUAUUUUACAAUGAUAAACACGACUACAAGGCCCUAUUCUAAAAUAAUAACAAAAGUAAUAACUAAAUAAGUGUGAGAACUAAAAAUGUACUAUUUUGUAUCGGCUUUACAUUAAUAAUUAAAUUAGAAACAGGAGUACUAUGUACUAACUAGAUCGAGAAAAAGUCAGAAAAAUGAAUCGAAGCCGCAUUAUUACUGGAAUAUUAUGGCGCCAUAGAGCCUCUGUUAAGAUUGAUUAUGCAAGACCAUGCUCUAUCUCUCCUUGCACAACACCUAUAAGUAUAAGAGAACAGUGUACGGUAACAAUAAAGGACAAUUACAUAAAGAAAUUUAUGAAAGCUGUGGGAUGGAUGGAUCAAGAAAGAACACGCCUCAAGCUCACAGGAUAUUUUCUCUAUGAAUGUGUGCCAGACAGAGUAGCAUAUAACGAGUGGUUUGAGAAGCUUGAACUGCCAGACACGUUUGCCUCAUGGUUUAUGGUCACAGAGUUGCACGUAUGGCUGUUACUGGUGAGGUAUAUGGCGGAGGAUGUCACUUCAAUAGGCACAGAAAAGAAAAAGUAUGUGAAAGGAGAUGGACAUUUUGUGAGGAACUGUAUCAUAGAGGCUUUAUGGGCUGACGUUGCAAACAGGAUUAAGCUAUUAGAGGGUGCAAAUCCAGCUAUAGCAAGAAAGCAAGUGUCUGAAUUGUCAGAGCAGUUCCAAGCUUCCUUAGUUGGAUACGACGAAGGGCUGAAUGACGACAAAGUGUUAGCCGCAGCUGUCUGGAGGAGAUUCUACACUCUUGCAGAAGACGUUAAAGCUGAUCAUGUGUUAAAGAUUGUACAUUUUAUAAGACAUCAGUUAUCUGUAUUGGACAAAAUACCUAGCGAAGAUUUGAGAUGGAAGCCACAAAUCGACUGGUUAAGUAUACUCAACCACUGAUGUUCAUUUGCAAAUUAAUUAUUUAUUUUUGUUAGGAUAGGAAGUUGUUAAUAAAAUAAGCAGAUUUUU